UUAUCACUUGAAACUCAAACCUUACCCAACUCUUGCAAUUCUUGUAAUAGUCACAUUACCGUUACUUAGAAAUUGUCUAUAGUUUUCUCCGUCUGCCCUGUCGACUAUUAUCUACUAUAGUUUAGACUUUAGACCGUUAGUUCCUUAUCAGUCCCACCUUAUCGCAGCCGCUGCUGAAAGAACAUAGUACAACACAAAUAAGCAUAUUAGUUUCUUCUUCGACCUUCGUUCAUCAUCAAUGGCGGCUUCUUUUGCUAACCAAGCAAAUGUCACUUCAAUUACCGGAAAAAGAAGUGUAACUCCGAUGAAUGUCGCAGUAAUGUCGUCCGCUAAGAGUUCGCUUAAAGCUCCAAGAAGUACUUUGUCGUUUUCGAACUCCUUAUGUCACGUGUCUUUCUCGUGCUCCUCUCUCGCUCCUCUUCGUCGGAAACCUAGUUUUCUUCCCUCUAUUCGUGCUUCUGCUGAGUCUAAUUUGCAGGAGAUUCCAUUACAAGCUAAAGUGACAAAUAAAGUAUACUUCGAUAUAAGCAUUGGAAAUCCAGUGGGGAAGUUAGCUGGUAGGAUUGUGAUUGGUCUCUUUGGUGAUGACGUGCCUGUUACUGUUGAGAACUUCAGAGCUCUUUGCACAGGAGAGAAGGGUUUUGGUUAUAAGGGUUCUUCAUUUCAUCGCGUUAUCAAGGAUUUCAUGAUUCAAGGAGGAGAUUUUGACAAGGGAAAUGGGACUGGAGGUAGGAGCAUCUAUGGACGUAACUUUAAGGAUGAGAACUUCAAAUUGGCUCAUAUUGGACCUGGAGUUGUUAGCAUGGCCAAUGCUGGCCCCAACACCAAUGGAAGCCAAUUUUUUAUUUGCACCGUCAAGACUUCUUGGUUAGAUCAGAGGCAUGUAGUCUUUGGGCAGGUUCUGGAAGGCAUGGAUAUAGUUAGGCUCAUUGAAUCACAGGAGACCGACAGAGGUGACCGUCCAAGGAACAGGGUUGUCAUCAGUGAUUGUGGUGAGCUUCCAUCGGUGUGAUGCAGACUUGGUGUUGUCUCGAUGGUUUUAAUCCAUUUUCCAUGCUUCUAGUUUUGGUCCAUGUUGACUUUUCUUUCCACAAGUGUGUGUUUCCUGUACAUGUGUUUUCUUUCUUCUGUGCGUGUCUUUCCUUGGUUUUACCCAUCUAGAGAAGUACAGUAGUUAAAGAAUACACGCAAAUUUGAUGUAUUGGGCAGUAUAGAGUAUUCACAAUGCUUUUGGGGCAUAUUUCUUAGAGAUCAUUUGGUGGAUAAUGAAUUACUAUUGUAAAGAUCAAUGAUAUAUGAUUCAAAUGGCACUUUCACAAAUUAUUUCCU